CACGCUUUGGGCACAUUGGACCGUUCAGAUUGUGAUCGCGAUCAGGCCUUUGAUCAGCCUGGAUUGGCGGUGCUGACUCCCAUGAGGCCCCAAGAUGAGGAGGCUGAUCCUCCCCUCCCUCCAGUACCUCUGCCCUUCGCUUGGUUCCAGCCCUACCCUGGUCGGCCGACUGGAUGCGUCGUGGUGUCUGGAGGCGCCGUCUGGCACUUUCUUCGGCCACCCUCGCGCGAGGACAGAAUGGGCGUGCCAGCCGCCGACGCCACCGCCUUCGGUGGGGGAUGGGCCGAGCCGGACUACGUGGCGCUCGGGAGAAGCUACGCGCUGGUGGGAAACUGGAGCAAGUGGCAGCGCUUCGACGAGCUGCGAAUGCAGCUGGUGGACGGCAGGUCGAUCUUCGUAGCCGAGGUGCCUGUGCCGGGCAAUGACGACGUCGAGUUCCAGGUGAUCUGCGACGGGGACUGGAACCUCAGGAUGUUCCCCGCCGUCGGCGGCACCGGCGCAGGAGGCGGCAGGGUCCUGGGGCCCGCGCCCGGCGGCCACGGCCACAACUGGAGGCUUCGGGGGCUGCGGCAGCCUGCCGCGGGGGCCGUACUGCACGUGCGGCUCGACCCAGUCGGCGAGCGGAGCCUGCAGUGUCGGCUGGAGCAGGCUGCGGCGCCUCAGGUUGCCGCGGGCUGCGCGUGAGCGCUGGGCUCCUCGCCUGAGAAAGGAAGGGGGGCACGCGCGCAUCGGACUUCCCUCGCUCUGCAGUUCCCAUUCGUCGCUGGCUGCCGCUGCCGCUGCCGAGCAAGCCCUGCUCGGUGGAGUCUCGCCGCCAGGCCGUCGGGACGGUCAGGCGCACGCCGAGCGCACUUUCGUUCGCGCCUUGGUUCCCGGAGCACCUAGCUCGUUGGAAGUCACAGAUGCUCUGCAGGUGAUCAUCGAUGGUGCUGGAUCGAAAAGAGCCCCAUGGCCACGCCCGUCGAAAACAGGCUUCUCCCCAGGUCUUAGCACAGCACACACC